AUGGAGGUUUUCUUCACUCCUCUUGCGUUUGAAGUGCUAGAUCGUUUCAUAGCAGAUUUCUCUAGAAACGCAUCCUCACUUCAUCCAGCGAUGCUUGCACAAAUCUGCUAUAGGGAGUGCGUUAGUAAAGAACAUCGCCAACCUCUCACUGAAUCGCUUUUCACUUCAUCAGAAACAGGACCAGCAUUAGGCGUUUCUGUCGACUUGCCACGAGUGCAUAUUUCAUUAUUUGAGUGCAGCCUUAUUGGUGAUAGCGCAUCUGGUGAAGUCAAGACAGCUGCUAAUAUCGGGCUAAUUCUGCUUCAGAAGGCUUCAGUAUCUUCAGGAACUAUAAAAGAGUUUGCUGAGAGAGGAACGUCUUUUCAUGCACAUUUCUCCGUUCUUUCGGCCCAGUUACUGCACUUCACACCGAGAUUAGUGAGCGAUUUUGCUGGAAAUAGAGUCAGUUUCAAUGCAUCGGUGAAUUGGGAGAAGUCAUCACUCGCAUCUCGUCUGCUUGAUAUAGAGCCAAGAGUGGUGGUGGAUUUUCAAAUUCCCGAUCUCGAAGUAUUGGUAGAGCGACGCGAAUCCCAACAAAAGUCUCUGUAA